UACCCCAAAAACCCCUUUUUUACCCCAUUCCCCCCCUCAUCGCUAUGAACUACACCUCCCAUCACCCCCCGCGCCGCCGCGUCGCUCCGCAGUGACGUCACACUGUGCGCCAUGAAGCCGCCGGUGCGGCCGCGCUGGGCCCCGCUCCGGUUCUCAGCCUCAGUCCCGGACGGGCCGAGAGGGACAUGGACGGAACGGGAGAAACGGACACUGCUGAGGGAGCUCCGGAACCGGAACCUGCGGGACCGGAACCGGAACCGGGACCUGAGGGACCCGGAGCUGAGGGAGAGGCUGCCGAGGAGGAGCGAGGCCGAGAUCCAGGCCUUCCUGUGCCGGCUUCGGGGCCGGGCAGCACGUGAAGCCCUAUGCGGGCAGUUCAGGCACUGCCUGGGGCAGCCCCGGCCCAGACCGGCGCCCAUUGAGGUGUGGUUGGAAGUGGCCUCGGUGCUGAGCGAGGGCCUGGAGGAGGCAGCGAUGGCAGCGUUUGGGCAGGUCUUCACCGUUGCGGGCACGGAGCCGCUGAGCCUCUCCCUGGCCCCUCCCUCGGAGCCUCCCCGCAGCCAAUCAGAGCCCGUCCCUUCGGAGCCCCGCCCCUCAGAGCCUCGUUCCAGCCAAUCAGAGCCCGUCCCAUCGGAGCCCCGCCCCUCCGGGCCGCGCCCCCUCCCCUCGGAGCCUGGCUCUGUCCAAUCGGAUCCUCUCCCGCCGGAGCCCCGCCCCUCGGAGCCUGCCGCCGUCCAAUCAGGUGCUCCCCCGCCGGAGCCACGCCCCCUGCACGUGGACUUCCAGCGGGUCUAUGAGUACCUGGGGCGGCUCAGCCGGGAUGGGAGGGGCCCCGCGCCCCCCCCCGGGGAGUCUCUGCUGCUCUUGGCUCUUCUGGGCUCCCUCCCUCUGGAAUUGGGAUCCUUGGACCUCGGUGCCCUCCGGAACCACUUCCGGGGCGUCUACAGUGACCUCACCGGGCCCCCCCCGGCCCCCCCCGAAGCCCCGCCCCCUGGUCUUGGCCCCGCCCCCUCCCCGUGGGCGGAGCUUGGGCUCAGCCCCCUCAACCUCUUCCGGGUCCCAUUGAGGCUCCUGCGGAGGGGGGGGGUGACCUCGGGGUGACCCCUCCUUGCCC